UCAUAACUCACCAUGCAAUAUUCUUGUUAUUCAAUCCCCUUUUUGUUUGUAAUUGGCGUUGUCCUGUCCCCAACCACAGCCCUCGCCCAUCAGCACUACCACCGAUGCACCGCCAAAUUCUACGAGCUCACCAAGAGCAAGAACAUGUCACGCUGCCUCAGGCUCCCCACCCUGGGCGCGGAGAUGGGUUGGAGCGCCCCAUUGUUGAAGAAUUGCCACCAUGUGUUUGAAGUGGUGUUUGGCGCCCCAGUGAGAGAGGAGAAGGGGUGGUUGGCAUGGGGCGUGAACCCUACGCCCGAGGGUCGGAUGGUGGGGACCAGAGCCGCCAUUGGCAUCAAGGACCCUUCUGGACCGCCUCACUGCAAGACUUAUAGUGUGGGGUACGAGACGAGGAGGGCAUGCGGGCCGCUUCGGCCGAGGGAUGUGGAGGAGAUGAAGUGCUUGAGAUUUGAAUAUGAUAGUAGGACAGAGUACUAUCAUUUGACGGCUACUCUGAAUCUGUCUUCUACGGAUUAUAAUGUUUCGAAGCUGCAUAUUGUGUGGCAGAGUGGAUUUGAUGCUGAUGGGGAUGUGCCCAAGAAGCAUGUCUCUGAUUUGAAGAAUAUUGAUAGCUUUGAGACAGUUGAUUUGGUUUCCGGACAAUGUUCUGACAUGGCCUUCAUCAAGAUUUUCCUCAGACAGGUGCAUGGGAUAAUGAACAUAAUAGGGUGGGGAACAAUGUUGCCAGUGGGAGUGAUAAUUGCAAGAUUCUUCAGGGAAUUCCCAAUCCAAACGAACGAUGGAUGGUACUACUUUCAUGUAUCCUGCCAAUCCAUAGGAUUCUCAAUUGGCGCCAUCGGUUGGGGCAUUGGAAUAUGGCUCGCUCAUUCAUCCCCUCACCACAUUUUCUUCACCCAUCACGUCCUCGGCAUCAUCAUUUUCGUAUUCGCCACAUUACAAACAUUGGCUAUAAGGUUCAAGCCAGGGAAGACCGACGACUUCCGAAAACUGUGGAACAUCUACCAUCAUUUUCUAGGAUAUGCUUUACUACCACUCAUAUUCAUAAACAUAUUUGAAGGAAUUAGAAUUUUGAAACCGGACAACAAGAAUACAUGGAAGUUGGCAGUGAUUGGAAUUCUUACAGCUUUGGGAGUUAUCACUUUCAUUCUUGAGGCUUAUACUUGGAAAGAGUUUAUUGAUGAAAAGAAGGAUCAAAAGAAGGACGCCACGAGGAUUUGUGAAUCAACAAAGGAAGAUCAACGUGCUGGUUCAAUAAAUAAACAUCAACAUGGUUCAGAAAUAAAUCAUGAUGGUUCAAAAGGACAACAUCCAGUCUCAUCACAACAUCCGCUUGCCAACACACCCUCAACACAACAGGGGAACAACACACCAAACAUUUGAAUAUUGUAACCAUACAAUUACUUUUUGUGUAUGAAGCUGUUCUGUGUGGGUUUUGUUAGGUCGCACUGAGUAAGCAUUAUCAAUAAUUAUUCUCGUGGUCGACUAUAUGUAUUUCAUUCUAUUUUAAUCUUUAUCUGUUGCAUGUAAUCUUAUAAUUAAAUACCAACCACAUUGAUUAA